UCAUCAGGAUGGUACAGUCUGCAGAGGGACUCCAGUAAUGUAGCUCAGUCUCUCAACCCCUUACAGAUGCCGUACAGUGAUUAUUCCGCUGGGUAAUUGAAAUCAUUUUGGAUUUGUGAUGAUAUCUUAGCCAAGUGCUGCGGGGAAGAUGACCACGUAGAUGUGACCGCCUGGGAACAGCAGCAUGGGCAGCGGUGAAUGGGGAGGAACAGGUCUGCAGCCUUGAGAGCAGCCGCCCCACGGACCGGGUCCCUUCCUCGGCCUCGGGCCUCCCCGCCUCGGCCUCGGGCGCUCCCCGCCGAGAGUUCCCCACCACGCGCCGGAUCCCCCGCUUGAACGCUCGGAAUCUGAGCUGACUGGUGACAGUCUUUAAAGUUUAUUCGAAGAACAUUGUCUGUCCCGUGGCUGUGUCUGUGCCUGAGACUAUUGAGAGACAACCCUUGAGCUCACAACGGGGAGCAGUCCCGUCAGCCAAGAUGGGUGACAUGACCAACAGCGAUUUCUACUCCAAGAACCAAAGAAAUGAGGCCAAUCAUGCAGGCGAGUUUGGGUGCACGUUGGAGGAGCUGCGCUCCCUCAUGGAACUCCGUGGGACAGAAGCCGUGGUCAAAAUUAAGGAGACCUACGGAGACACAGAGGGGCUCUGCAGGCGCCUGAAGACCUCGCCCAUAGAAGGUUUGCCGGGCACAGCUCCAGACCUAGAAAAAAGAAAGCAAAUUUUUGGGCAAAACUUUAUACCUCCAAAGAAGCCAAAAACUUUCCUUCAGCUAGUCUGGGAAGCGCUACAGGACGUGACUCUCAUAAUCUUGGAAAUUGCAGCCAUCAUAUCUCUGGGGCUUUCAUUUUACCAUCCUCCUGGAGAAGGAAAUGAAGGUUGUGCUGCAGCGCAGGCUGGUGCUGAGGAUGAAGGGGAGGCGGAGGCAGGCUGGAUUGAGGGUGCUGCCAUACUUCUGUCGGUCAUCUGUGUCGUCCUGGUCACCGCCUUCAAUGACUGGAGCAAGGAGAAACAGUUCCGGGGUCUUCAGAGCCGCAUUGAACAGGAGCAGAAGUUCACUGUGGUCCGAGGAGCCCAGGUCAUUCAGAUCCCUGUGGCCGAGAUAGUGGUCGGUGACAUUGCGCAGGUAAAAUAUGGUGACCUGCUCCCUGCCGAUGGGAUUUUCAUUCAAGGAAAUGACCUCAAGAUUGAUGAAAGUUCAUUAACAGGAGAGUCUGAUCAGGUUCGCAAAUCUGUUGACAAGGAUCCGAUGCUGCUUUCAGGAACCCAUGUCAUGGAGGGCUCUGGAAGAAUGCUGGUCACUGCUGUGGGAGUGAACUCUCAGACGGGCAUCAUCUUCACCUUGUUGGGAGCUGGCGGAGAAGAAGAGGAAAAGAAAGAUAAGAAAGAUUCUUCCCAUCCCUCCCACCUUACUUCAGCUACAGAUGGCGCAGCAGGUGCAAAUGCCACUGAUAAUGCAAAUGCCAGCUUAGUCAAUGGUAAAAUGCAGGAUGGCAAUACGGACAGCACCCAGAGCAAAGCCAAACAGCAGGAUGGGGCAGCUGCUAUGGAGAUGCAGCCCCUGAAGAGUGCUGAAGGGGGAGAUGGAGAUGACAAGAAGAAAGCCAAUAUGCACAAGAAGGAGAAAUCAGUCCUUCAGGGGAAGCUGACCAAGCUGGCGGUGCAGAUAGGCAAAGCCGGCCUGGUGAUGUCGGCCAUCACGGUGAUCAUCUUGGUGCUCUAUUUUGCCGUGGACACCUUCGUGGUGAACAAGAAGCCAUGGCUGCCAGAGUGCACUCCAGUGUAUGUCCAGUACUUUGUCAAGUUCUUCAUCAUCGGGGUCACCGUGCUGGUAGUCGCGGUGCCCGAGGGGCUGCCUCUGGCUGUCACCAUUUCCCUGGCUUACUCUGUAAAGAAAAUGAUGAAAGAUAACAACCUCGUACGCCACCUGGAUGCUUGCGAGACUAUGGGCAAUGCUACGGCUAUUUGUUCUGACAAGACGGGGACUCUGACGACCAAUAGGAUGACUGUGGUACAAGCCUAUGUUGGAGAUGUCCACUACAAAGAGAUUCCUGACCCAGACUCAGUAAACUCCAAAACACUUGAACUGCUGGUCCAUGCAAUUGCCAUCAACAGCGCCUACACCACGAAGAUUCUGCCCCCAGAGAAGGAGGGUGCCUUGCCCCGCCAGGUGGGGAACAAGACCGAAUGUGGCUUGCUGGGAUUCGUCCUGGACCUGAAACAGGAUUACCAGCCCGUGAGGAACCAGAUGCCCGAGGAGAAGCUGUACAAGGUAUACACGUUCAAUUCUGUGAGGAAGUCCAUGAGCACAGUGAUCAAGAUGCCAGAUGGGAGCUUCCGGAUGUACAGCAAAGGGGCUUCUGAGAUUGUUCUGAAAAAGUGUUGUAAAAUCCUCAGCGCGGCCGGAGAACCCCGGGUCUUCCGUCCCCGUGACCGGGACGAGAUGGUGAAGAAGGUGAUUGAGCCAAUGGCCUGUGACGGACUUCGGACCAUCUGUGUCGGUUAUCGAGACUUCCCCAGCAGCCCCGAGCCUGACUGGGAAAAUGAGAAUGACAUCCUCAAUGACCUGACUUGCAUCUGCGUGGUUGGCAUUGAAGACCCUGUGAGACCAGAGGUCCCAGAAGCCAUUAGGAAGUGCCAGCGAGCUGGCAUCACUGUUCGCAUGGUCACCGGGGACAAUAUUAACACUGCGCGGGCCAUUGCCAUCAAGUGUGGCAUCAUCCACCCCGGAGAGGACUUCCUCUGCAUUGAGGGCAAAGAGUUCAACCGACGCAUCCGGAACGAGAAAGGAGAGAUCGAACAGGAACGAAUCGACAAGAUCUGGCCCAAACUCCGCGUCCUCGCUCGUUCAUCCCCCACGGACAAGCACACUCUGGUCAAAGGCAUCAUUGACAGCACCCAUACGGAGCAGCGGCAGGUCGUGGCGGUGACUGGGGACGGGACCAAUGAUGGGCCGGCACUGAAGAAGGCUGACGUUGGCUUUGCCAUGGGCAUCGCUGGGACCGACGUGGCCAAGGAGGCAUCUGACAUCAUCCUGACUGAUGACAACUUCAGCAGCAUUGUCAAGGCUGUGAUGUGGGGCCGCAACGUCUACGACAGCAUCUCCAAGUUCCUACAGUUUCAGCUCACGGUCAAUGUGGUGGCAGUGAUCGUGGCCUUCACUGGUGCCUGCAUCACCCAGGACUCGCCCCUGAAGGCUGUGCAGAUGCUGUGGGUGAACCUUAUCAUGGACACCUUUGCCUCCCUGGCUCUGGCCACUGAGCCCCCGACCGAGUCGCUCCUGCUGCGCAAGCCAUACGGCCGCAACAAGCCGCUCAUCUCCCGCACCAUGAUGAAGAACAUCCUGGGACACGCUGUCUACCAGCUCACACUCAUCUUCACCCUCCUCUUUGUUGGUGAGAAAAUGUUCAUGAUCGACAGUGGGAGGAAUGCACCCCUGCACUCACCCCCUUCAGAGCACUACACCAUCAUCUUCAAUACUUUCGUCAUGAUGCAGCUGUUCAACGAAAUCAACGCCCGCAAGAUCCACGGGGAGCGGAAUGUGUUUGACGGCAUCUUCAGGAAUCCCAUCUUCUGCACCAUUGUCCUGGGCACCUUCCUCAUCCAGAUAGUGAUUGUGCAGUUCGGAGGCAAACCUUUCAGCUGUUCUCCUCUCCAACUGGACCAGUGGAUGUGGUGUAUAUUCAUUGGAUUGGGAGAGCUUGUGUGGGGACAGGUUAUCGCAACAAUCCCAACCAGCCGGCUAAAGUUCCUGAAGGAGGCCGGACGACUCACCCAGAAGGAGGAGAUCCCCGAGGAGGAACUCAAUGAGGAUGUGGAGGAGAUUGACCAUGCAGAGAGAGAGCUUCGGCGGGGCCAGAUCCUCUGGUUCCGGGGAUUGAACAGGAUCCAAACCCAGAUUGAAGUAGUCAAUACUUUCAAGAGUGGCGCUUCCUUUCAGGGGGCUCUCAGGAGACAGUCCUCCGUCACAAGCCAGAACCAGGAUAUCCGCGUCGUGAAGGCAUUCCGUAGCUCUCUCUAUGAAGGUAUCGAAAAACCGGAAUCCAGAACCUCCAUCCAUAAUUUUAUGACUCACCCCGAGUUUAGGAUAGAAGACUCCCAGCCCCACAUCCCCCUCAUUGAUGACACAGACCUAGAAGAAGACGCUGCUCUGAAGCAAAACUCUAGUCCGCCGUCAUCGCUGAAUAAGAACAACAGCGCUAUCGACAGUGGCAUCAACCUUACCACGGACACAAGCAAAUCAGCUACCUCUUCUAGCCCAGGGAGCCCAAUCCACAGUCUGGAGACGUCACUUUAGCUGAAGCUGUUGGUCCAAAUUGUAAACGGAAGUACCGACCUGCAACCAACCAACCCACUCGCCCACCCUGAAAAUACCCGCCAAACCGCAACUAUAAAAAAAAAAAACCAACAAAAACAAAACAAAACAAAAAAACCCAAACAAAAAAAAGACAAAAACAGGAAACAAACAAAAACCUUUGCUGGCUGAGAAGCUGUUUGAACUCUUAUUCCCAUGGAGGCGAGUGAUGGAAUCACUGGCCUCAGUGGUUGGGGGAAAGGGUGGCUGAUUUACCCGCUCCCUCACAGAAACUCAAAAAUACCACCCAAGCAAGCAAGCAAGCAAGCAAGCAAGCAAGCAAAGCAAGCAAGCAACCUUCCUGCAUGAACGUACUGUCCACUUUCAGUCCUUUUCUCUUCUUCUCUUAGGCGGGAACAGCAGCGGACUCCUUUCUGAGGCUAUUUAUCCGAUUCACUGGUCUGUGAGUUUUUGAAAUGCUUGUGUGGCAUGGACUCAGUUGUAUAGAUUAAUUUAAAAAAAAAUUUUGAAGUUGCAAAGCUUAACUUGCACAGUAGAUUUCCACCAAUGGGACAGAGGAACUUAAUCAGCCUUUAGGAGAUGAUAUCUGUUUAUUCAUAUCUAUAUCGACAUAUACGUCAUUGAGAAUGUAUAUGGCCAUAUAGGUGUACAUACAUGGAUAUACGAAGUUUCUUUGUUGGCAUGUUGUCUUGUUUCUGCUUAAAUUGCUCUAUUUUAACUUAUUUAUGUUCUAAAAGAAGAAUGUAAUUUGUUUACAAACCUGUAGAUAAUAUCCUUAACUAUUUGUAGGAUUAAGCAAACUCUGCUGAGCUAGUAUAAAGAAGACUCGGCUCAUUGAAGAUUUCAGUAAGAUUGCACCCUUGAUGUUUUAUUAGAGCUGUGUUCUGAUUUUUGCCUGCUAUUUUUGUUAAUGUAGAUACCACUAGCAAAUAACAAAAGAAGCCAAAAUAUAACAUAUUGGAUGUAGUGAUGUAACCCAUGUAUCCAGGGCAGCGAGAUGGAAAGGCUUCCUUUGUUCAAAAUGCAAAAUUGAAGUGAUCAGGUUCUCCUUUUUCAAUAAAUUGCUUGAACUGGUUUUGGUGUGACGCUCACUGCUGGAGGCCGUUUCAGUAUUACUCAGAUGGUGACGGCUUCUGUAAGAGGAUUUUGGUUAUUUAAAGGAUUCUACGAUCUUGAAACUCUCUCUUGAGUUUAUCAAGAACAAUUGAAAAAUAAGUUAUAUUUGGUUUCAUCUGUAUGGAGAUCGAAGUAGUAUUGAAAUCUCGUGAUCUAGAAAUAUUGUGUUGAUUUUUUUUUCCAUAAGUGAUUUAGAGAUUUAGUUUUCUGGCCCUUGGGACACCAAUCACUCUGCUUGGUUGCUUUUACAUGGCUUUUCUAAGGAGACUCUGAUUUUACCGCACUAUCUAGAGCUGAAUGAACCUUAUGACGUGUAUCUUGAGAUGUGCUUUGUGUGAUUUUUAAACCCAGCUUUCCUUCCUGUAGUCACAAUAUAUAUGAUAUAUACUGUAGCAAAUUAACAGUGUUGUUUUACUGAUGUACUGAGUUUUCCACACGGAAAGACAUUGUGAAAGCUGACGGUAUCAUGGGUGAGAGAAUUAUUUUUUUUUUCCUCCCCAAACUGGUAACAGCCCUAGUAACAAACCUACUAAUUAUGAGCAUCUACAAUUGCUAUGUCAACCAGUUGAAUGCUAAGCACUUUGUGGGUCAUGAAUAUUUUUCAGAAACAACUUUUGUAUUUAAUACAAAGUUUGCUUUAAAAUUUUUCAGCAGAACGACCUUUUUCCAUAGCUUUGUACAGGGCCAAAAGACGUUUUGAAUACCAUGCUUGAUGAUAGCAGGUGUGUUGUGGAAAAAGCCCACUGUCCAACUAGCCUUGCUAAAUUGAUUGUUGUGCUAAUCCUUCCUGCCCUACCAAACUGGGCAAGGAGCGUGAUGUGUCGCUGCAGGCCGCCGACUAGGACACGCCGCAGAAUCCCUCACAGCGCUGCAGAUUGAAACGACUAAGAGGUGUCCGGGGGCAACCGGACCAUUCAGCCAGGUAGAGCCCUAGCCAGCUUGAAUUGCCAGUUUCCGGCCCUUUGUGGAGCAACUCAAACGUGUUUGGCUCAAACCGGGCCCCGUGUUUGAUCCAAACCUUCUUCUAAAGCACGACUUUCACUGAACAGCGGGCCUUUCACAGCCUGCAGACUCUUUCUUGAUGGAUAGUAAAACUCAGUUUUUAGCAGUGAAAAGGCUGGCCUAAAGUCACGAUUGAAUUUAACUCAUUCUUACCAUCAGCCUGACUGGAAGCUAGUCAGGAGUGCUCUCAGCAUUGUAAAUAUGGUGACUAAUCUUUGUAGACAUUUAUGGGGUCUCUGAGCCUUUUUGGGUUAGACGAAAAAAAGAAAAACAACCCCCCAAAACCCCAUUCUCCGCUCUGCGCUAGGCAAAGAAGGGGUCUCUGGUUUGGACUUGCACAUCUGAGAAUUCUGUCAGGACUGAUUCUUGGUUUAUUUUCAACAUCUUAGAGUUGAUUUUCCCGUUCUGGAAGCCCGAUUUCUCUUUCCCCGAUCUCCCCAUUUUUGUUUCAGCAACGUGUUCAUUUUUCUCCUGAAUGAUCUUUCCCCAGAGCAGCCAGGAACCGUUUUCCAUCUGGAAGCUGGUUUCUGUGAACGGAUGCUGCAGUCUCUGUGUAUAUACAGUAACAGCAUUUAAACUAAGAUGCAUAGAAAGUUGGGCCUUCUUUGACCAGAGCCUUUGCUUGACAUUAUAUGAUAAAUGAUACAGCUUUUUUGUUGUUUUUGAAGCAGAAUAGGUAGAAUGAAUUCUCAACCUUGAAUCUUGCAUCACAAUUUCUUUCUUUUGUUGCUUGGCCUCUCUGUGUUGGGAACAAUGGAUCAAACACAUACACACACACACACAUACACAAAAUGAUUGGUUUGUUGAAACUCACUGCAAUCCAUAAAAAGCUUGCACUCUAUGUACUGUAUCUAGCAGCAUGGGGUUUGUGAUAAACAAUACAGUGGUAUAUUUGGCAAUCCAUCCCAUUAGGGGUUAUCAGUCUAUGUUCAUUCAUCUGUUUUUAUGAAUUUUUUUAUCUAGACAAUAAUUGUAAAUAAAGAACUCACAGUCUCUGUUCAUUUAAUACUAUGCAAAGGUUAUGCUUUCCAGUGUUAUUGUUAUUCUUAUUCCUACAGUGUGGUCCUGGAAUGUUUGUGGUUUAAAAAAAAAAAAGAAAAAAGUAAGUAAACUCUGUGCUGUAAAUUAUUUUAUAGUUUGGAACAAAACGAUCCGGUUUGACUCCUGCUGCUUCCCGUCUGAUGGAGCUCUCUUGGCAGGGGCACAAAUGGAAAAUAAGAAUUCAAAAAUAAAUUCCCAAAGCAGCAUGAA